CCCCCUUAUAAAACCUAAACAAAGUCAUGUUGACCAAACGUGUUACAUAUAAAUAUAGUUCAGUUUAGACGUUCCUCAUUCUACACGAGUUCGUCCGACUGUGAACUGGACAAAGCAGAAUUGAAAUAAACUAUGUCAGAACAGAGUGCACGUACAAUUAUCUAUUUGCUGAGGAAUGACCUGAGAUAUCACGAUAAUCAGGUACUGUCCUGGGCAUGUCAAAAUGCAGAGUAUCUUGUGCCCCUCUACUGUUUUGACCCAAGAAAUUUCAAAGAAACAAACCAUUUCAACCUACAGAAAACUGGACCCCAUAAGCUAAAGUUCUUACUCGAGAGUCUUGCAGAUUUGAAAAAUACAUUUGAAUCAAAAGGAAGCAAUCUGUUGAUCAGGAAUGGGAAACCAGAGACUGUUAUAUCAGAACUGAUCAAGGUCAUCGGCAAAGAUAAUGUAUCCCUUGCCUGGCAGGAAGAGGUCACCAAAGAAAAAACAGAUGUUGAAGAUGCUCUUAAAGCACUUUGA